AUGUCUCUCAAGUACGACGCCGAGUUUUUCAAGUUCUUUGAGCCGAUCAUCCCUAUGCUGGCUGCCCGGCCCAAACCAGCCGUCCACGAUGUCGAAGCCCGCCGCAAGGGUUUCGAGGCUGCCCUCGUUCUGUUCAGAAGUGCCUUGCCCGAGUCUCCAGACGUGGAGAAGAAGGAACACAGCUUUACCACCCCAGCCGGUGUGGCUUUGUCGGUGACUAGCUUCACCAAGAAAGGAACAUCUGCAGGGACGCCAGGUCCAGCCAUCGUACACUUCCACGGCGGCGGCAUGAUUCUGGGCUCGGUGGCCAUGUCGGCACCGUCCAACGCAUGGCAAGUCACUCAGACGGGCGUCCCGAUCUUCAGCGUCGAGUACCGCCUGGCCCCAGAGACGCAGGGCACGAGCUUGGUCGAGGACUGCUACGCCGGUCUAGUCUGGGUCUCGCAAAACGCCGCAUCCUUCAACGUCGACCCUGCCCGCCUCGCCGUCUUUGGCGAAUCUGCCGGCGGAGGCCUCGCCGCAGGAGUGGCGCUCAUGGCCCGCGACAAGGGCCUCUCUCCACCCCUCGCGAAGCAAAUUCUCAUCUACCCCAUGCUUGACGACCGCAAUCUCACCGAGAACGAGCGCAUUGCGCCCUUUGCCUUCUGGAGAAACGAGGACAACAUUACGGGCUGGACCGCGCUGCUCGGAGACAAAGCAGGCAAACACGAUGCCGACGUGCCACAUUACUGUGCCCCUGCUCGCGCGAAAUCCGUGGCAGGCUUGCCACCUACCUACAUCGACGUAGGUGGUCUGGAUAUCUUCCGCGACGAGGACAUUGAGUACGCGAAGAGGCUCGCGUUGGAGGAUAUCGAGGUCGAAUUCCAUUUGUAUCCAGGUGUGCCGCACGCCUUUGAACUAUUUGCGCCAAACGCAACGGUGACGAAACGAGCCUUCGAACACAGACUGAAGAGCAUGACGAGCUUUUGA